AAUAGCUGCUUUUAGGCAGUGAAAUCUGAGACAUGUUUUUUGCUUUUCCCUCAGGAUCAUAGAAAUGAACAACCACAGCCCCCCUCUCACUUUCAAGAGAUUUCAAGCCAUUGUAAAUCGACUCGAACUUCCCAGGAAACCAUUGCCGACCAUCACUCAAGAGCAGAUGGCCAGGUGUCGGACGCAGAUCUUGGACAAUCAUGAUGAACGUUAUGGCGUACCCUCUCUCGAGGAGCUGGGUUUUAAGACUCAGGGUGACAGCUCACAUGUAUGGAAGGGUGGUGAGACUGAAGCCCUGGAAAGAUUAAAUAAACACUUGGACAGAAAGGCCUGGGUAGCAAAUUUCGAGAGGCCUAGAAUAACCGCUCAAUCACUGUUCGCAAGCCCAACUGGACUUAGUCCUUACCUACGAUUUGGAUGUCUGUCUUGUCGCGUGUUCUACUACAAUCUGCGGGAACUUUACAUGAAGCUGCGGAGACGCUCCAGUCCACCCCUCUCGCUCUUUGGCCAGCUGCUGUGGCGAGAGUUUUUCUACACGGCAGGCACCAACAACCCCAACUUUGACCAUAUGGAGGGAAACCCCAUCUGCGUUCAGAUACCCUGGGAUCACAAUCCCGAGGCCCUGGCUAAAUGGGCAGAGGGUCGGACAGGGUUCCCUUGGAUUGAUGCCAUCAUGACCCAGCUAAGACAGGAAGGCUGGAUCCACCACCUGGCCAGACAUGCCGUAGCCUGUUUCCUCACUCGCGGAGACUUGUGGAUCAGCUGGGAAAGUGGAAUGAAAGUAUUUGAGGAGUUGUUGUUGGAUGCGGACUGGAGCGUGAACGCAGGCAGCUGGAUGUGGCUUUCCUGCAGUGCGUUCUUCCAGCAGUUCUUCCACUGUUACUGUCCCGUGGGCUUCGGCCGCAGGACGGAUCCCAGUGGAGACUACAUCAGGAGGUACAUCCCGAAGUUAAAAGACUAUCCUAACCGCUACAUCUACGAGCCAUGGAACGCUCCAGAAUCGGUGCAGAAAGAGGCCAACUGCAUUGUGGGUGUGGACUAUCCUAAACCUAUGAUCAACCAUGCCGAGAGCAGCCGGCUCAACAUCGAACGAAUGAAGCAGGUUUACCAGCAGCUGUCGCACUACAGAGGCCUUAGUUUGCUCGCCUCAGUUCCUACGAUCCAGGAAGAGGCGGAGCCUCCCAUGUCAGAUGACUCUCAGGCCAGCAGCAGCACUGCCGUGCUUUUGCUGAAGCACCAUCAUGUUUUCUACAGGUCAAGUGUGCAGUCCUGUCCCGUCACCACACCACCCCACCUCUCCACCAUCAACCCCGCCCAACUCAGAGCCCUCCACCCCAAACUCAAGCCCGACAGCGGCUGCCCUGGGGGCCCACAUCCAGAGGAAGAGGGUCCGACCCUCUGAGCUCCCAUGCAAACAGAAGUCAAAAGUCAAGCACACCAGCCAAGCCAAAGGAGUCGAGCAGAAGACUGACGACAAGCAGUGACC